AUGUUUUCGGCACCUUUAGAAAGUAGUGCGACUGCCUAUGGUCAUAACAUUCGAGGAUUUAAAGCAUACGUGCCAGGAGCUUUUGGUUCAGAUACAGAACAAAUGGAAAAAUAUUAUAAGGAAAUGUAUUUAUGUGGUCCAAACCCACAAGUUAUUGUUUCUCCCGCAAAAAUCGCCGGUGCAGCCGCUUUUAAAGCGGUUCAACAACAUGAUUCUAGAUCAAGUUCACCACCUUUAAGCUUUAAUUCUGAUAGUUUACAAAAUGAAAAUCAUUAUUCUCAUGAAGUGAAUAAAAUACGAGAAACGGCAGCUCAAGAAGUAUUGCUUUUGUUACAAAUGUUUCCAUUACCUAAUAUAGAUCCUACAAUUAUUGUAUUAUCAGCUGAAGCAGGUGCUCAUAGAUUAUAUGAUCAGUACAAUAUUGUAAAUAGUCCAAAAGUUAAAGGACACAUAGAUCUUACGGGAUAUCAUGUUGAAAAGAUGAGAGGAUGGAUGAAGGCGAUGAUAAAAGCCACGAUUUUAAAGGUAAAAAGCAUUUUAGAUGGCCCAAGACCACCACAACCUAGAAGACCAUCGAUAUCCGCAGUAGCUUCAUUAGCAAAAAUCUCGUCAACACCAACACCUUAUACCAUGUCAUCUACUAGGGCACCACUAGAACCUUUAGUAAAGAAUACAGUUAUCUUACCAAAAUAA